GUGUUCCGAAUACGUGCUACAAAUAUUUCGGGCCAAAUUGGUGCUGCGAGCCAGAUAUCACGAUAGGCGAACGAGGCGUGCUGCCCCAGAUUCAACCAAUCGGGGCUACGAAUCCGGGGGAAAUUAGCCUAGGGAAAAUAUUCGCGAUAUAAUAUGGAACACGAGCUUUGUAGUCGGCGGGGUUGCUCGUACACGUUACUCAUAUUUUUUCAUCUGUCAAUUUCAGGGCUUAGAUAGGCUUGGGCUUGAUCACCCGGGACACCCAGAGUGCGAAUAAUUCUACGCGCUAGGUAUCAGUGAGAAAAUUGGAUUGAAAGGUGUAAUCAUAAGUUUACGAUAGAUAGUUUGAACUGAUCUAAGUAGGAAUGUCGAGCGAAAGCGUCAAAACGUUUGCCAGCCUUGAGACGCCUGGAUAUGUUGGCUUUGCUAAUCUACCAAAUCAGGUUCAUCGGAAGUCUGUUAAAAAAGGGUUCGAAUUCACUUUAAUGGUCGUUGGGGAGUCAGGCCUUGGAAAAUCAACGCUGGUGAAUAGCCUGUUUCUCACAGAUUUGUACCCGGAAAGAAUUAUUCCUGAUGCAGUUGAAAAAACGAAUCAGACUGUGAAACUUGAUGCUUCAACUGUAGAAAUUGAGGAACGAGGUGUGAAACUUAGAUUGACAGUAGUAGACACUCCUGGAUAUGGAGAUGCUAUCGACAAUACAGACAGUUUCAGGGCCAUUAUUCAGUAUAUUGAUGACCAAUUCGAAAGAUUUCUUAGAGACGAAAGUGGCCUUAAUCGUAGAAAUAUUGUGGAUAACAGAAUUCAUUGCUGUUUCUACUUUAUAUCUCCUUUUGGUCACGGGUUAAAGCCUUUGGAUAUUGAAUUUAUGAAACAACUGCACAACAAGGUCAAUAUUGUACCAGUCAUAGCAAAGGCGGAUGUUCUAACGAAAAAGGAAGUUCUUCGUUUGAAGAAACGUGUUAUGGAGGAAAUCGAAGGUAAUGGUAUCAAGAUAUACCCACUUCCAGACUGUGAUAGCGAUGAAGAUGAAGAUUACAAGGAGCAAGUGAGACAGUUGAAGGAAGCAGUACCAUUUGCAGUUUGUGGUGCAAAUACCCUCUUAGAAGUAAAAGGGAGAAAAGUUAGAGGGCGAUUGUAUCCGUGGGGUGUUGUGGAAGUAGAAAAUCCUGAUCAUUGUGACUUCAUAAAACUGAGGACAAUGCUUAUAACACACAUGCAAGAUCUUCAAGAAGUUACGCAAGAGGUUCAUUACGAAAAUUAUCGUUCUGAAAGAUUAGCCAAGGGAGCUCCCGCGCCACCGAGACGUCAAACGAUUAUAGAGUCCGAAAAGACGAAUAAUGUGAGUGAAAAAGACCGUAUUUUACAAGAAAAGGAAGCGGAAUUACGACGCAUGCAGGAAAUGGUGGCUCAAAUGCAGGCCCAAAUGCAACAACAACAACCUUAGAAUUCAAAAACAUUUGAAUAUAUCUUGAGGGUAAAAUCUCCAUCUUGCCAGGUGCCAAAAGUCGAAAGAAACUACAUUUCUGUCUUAAAUUUUGAUUCGCAAAAAGGAGUGGUCCAAUAAUUGGUAUUAUUUUUGGAAUUUACCAUUCCAAAAUUCCAGAUCAGAAUUGAUUUUAUUUUACCACUAAUUUGUAGGACAUAGUACAAUUUUUUUACUUCUCAUCAUAGUUUAUAAUUUUUUAAUUGUGAAUGUUUAUGUGCUGUGGGACGUGCAUAUUGAGUGAUAGAAGCUAAACCAAAAAAAAAAAUAACCAAGACACA